AUGCUUCCGGUGCGGCGGCGGCGGCCACCGCGAGCAGCAGUGCACGCUCCCGCCCAAGGAGAGGCCGUGCCACCUCUGCGGAUUCUGCGGGCACCUGUCGCGCGACUGCCCGCACGGCCUCUGCUUCAACUGCUACAAGACCGGACACAGGAGCGCGAGCUGCCCGGCGGAGAGGGGCGCGGGGCGGGACGCGCAGGCGCUGAAUCGCAAGACGUGCGCCAAGUGCGGCGGACGGGGCCACGUCGACAGGGAGUGCGCUCGCGGCGCCGGCGCCACGAAAGCGCCCGAGUUCGCGUGCUACCGGUGCGGGGAGGCCGGGCACCUCGCGAGGGAGUGCCCCAACGAC